CUGUUUUUACAAUACAAACACACACGUACGUACGAAAGAACACGCACGCACGCACACACACGAAUUUCCCUUCUUAUAGAUGUCUGGUCAGUAAGACUGGCCUGAGAUCUUGCUUCAGCGCCUUCCAUAUUACCUUUGAGAUUAUAUCUAAAAUGUCUUCGGACAUUCCUCUAGUGUUUGAAAUGACUUGAAAAUAAAACUUUCAUAAAAACAUAAACAGAACUAUAAUCGGGAUCAUUUUGCUGCCUAAAAUUGUAAAGAACAGAGUAGAGAAGUUGUUUCCGUUUGUCUACAUCUCACUUUUGUUUUUUUCUCUGUGCGGUGACUGAGUACUCUAACAAUGUUAAUGAUGACGACAAUGAUGAUGAAGAAAAUAGGACGACAGCAACGACGAUGAGAAACAUGACUAGUUUCCUAAUGUAAAUGAUGACUAAACCUUUGGAACAACGUCUCGUGCAACUACAAGAAUACUUAAGCGACUGGAGGUACAGCCAUCUGAGGGUUUUAGAAUUUGAUGUCCAAAAUAUCUGUGGUCUUGAAAUUGUGCUACUCUCUCUCUCUCUCACACACAAACAUACAGACAAGCAAACUAGCAUAAAUACAAACCUGUUUGUAAAACCUUAAUCUCAAAUAAUCAUGAACACAUACUUGAGCAGUUUCAGUAUAAUAUUUACAAGAGUAAGUUGCUAAUAUUUACAAAUAGAUAAACUUAAUAUCCUUUUAUUUAUUGCAAUAUUUCUUCUCACAACUGCUUACAGUUAAAAAUUAUUGUUUGCAGUCUACAUUGUCACAAAUUAAUCGGUCUACAGAAACUGCUUCAAGUGUCCUCUUGAAUGAGAACAAAACUGUACAUGAUGUCUGACAAAAUAUUAAAUUAAACAAUUUUUUUUCUCUUAAAAAGAAUUUCAAAUUGCCAUAAAAAAACUUAAUACAACAGAGUGAGUUCAGGAGGCUAAGAAACUUUGCACCAAAGCAAGAGAACAACUAGCAGAAAUAACACAUAAAACUGCUAAAGCAAUAUUCACGCGAAGUGUGAAGAAGCUAGGAAAGCAAGACAUACGAUUCAGUGACUGUGACAGCUAAGAGCAUAGAAGGAGGCUCGUUAAUGUUAAUCUUAGGAGCUGAUUAAUAAUCGGGCUGCAUGCAAUCUUCCUCUGUGUUUCAGAUGCAAAAUGUUUCGGUUUCUUCCACUCGUCGCCGCCUUACUGGUCGUCCACACGGUGGCUGUGCAGGUGGUUCGAAUGAGUGUCGUGACACCUGCCUGCCAGUCCUUGUGUACCUGUCAUGACGGUGGCGUGGACUGCUCCGGCAAAGGCCUCACUUCCGUCCAUGACCUGCCUGGUAACAUGACGAGUCUCAACCUGUCCAGAAACGCUAUCCACGACUUGCCCAAUCACACCUUCACGCCCUUCCACUUACUGAGUGUGCUUGACGUGUCCUACAACAACAUCUCGCGCCUGCACGUGCAGGCAUUCGUCGGUCUCCGCAGCCUCACCAGCUUGAAUCUGUCUUGGAAUGCGCUUCCUCUCAGCCAUGAGGCGUACCCUGCUGACGUGUUUACACCAUUGGCCACCUCGCUGUCAGAUCUUCGGCUGGGCGGAAAUGCUCCAAAAACGGACGAUCCCGAUGCAGAGUAUCCUGACGUCUCCCUGUCCGUUCUGAAGAACUUGACCUACUUGGUGCUGGACGGUUGACGAACAAAGAUUUUGGACCUGGUUUCAGCGAAUUGGCUACUGCUCCAUACAAAAUUGGAAAAUUCUACUUUUGUUAACCUGCCAUCAUCUCUAAGGUCCAUGAAUUUGACCAGCUGUAACAUCAGCGACGUAGACCGUGAGGCUUUCAGACCUCUCCGGAAUUUGCGAACUCUGGACCUUUCCAAAAACACACGCCUGGGCUUUAACACGCUGGGCGAUGCUUUCUACAGCCUGCAAGGUUCCGCCUUGGAGCACUUGUAUAUCAACUGGAUCACACACCCAUAUGCCAUAUGCGUCGUCAUCGACACGAAUCACACGCGCUACUUCAAGAACACGAAACUACAAAGCAUACACGUCGAGAACAAUCGCAUUGAAAUAUUUACUCCCGGGGCCCUGGAUAACAUGCCGGACACACUGUCCUUUGUCUCCGUCUCGGGAAACAGGUUAGUCUUCGGUAGCUACUUACUUGAACUCGGUCAUCUGACGAACCUCAAAACAGUAACAAACGACGGACACCUGCGACCACCCUAUCCUCCCAUUAGCUCUCCUGCCUUUUCCAUCAAGCCAGAACUUUGUGAGUCGUCACCCUACGCCAGUGAGUCUGAAAGAGGAUGUCAUCGACCCCUCGGAUCAGACAGCGGGGAAUUCCAAGUUUUUCCCCUAGAUAUGGACAACUCUAGGUUUGAAGAAAGAGACCCUUUGACUCCUCUCAGUUUGACAUACUUUCUCCCUCCUAAGUUAACAUCAUAUGUGUCACGUUGGAACCAGGUGCACUAUAGCCUGGUAAAUAUUUGGUUUGACGAGAACAAUACACUUACGAGCCUAGAUCUUAGCAGCAACCUUUUGGCAGAGUGGUUAGGACCUUUCAAAGGAUUAAAUCACUUAGAAAGCCUUGAUCUUUCUAACAACUUCGCACACAGAGUCCACUACAAGUUUUUUGAUACCUUUCCCGAGCUUAAGACCUUACGAUUAGCAGUAAACUACCUGAGAGGUCCGCUUAUGAAUGACGAGCAUGGUAGAAUGUUCGCUAAUUUAUCAAAGCUGGAAAGUCUGGACUUGUCGUCAAACAGAAUCAAUAUCAUCCCCGCUGCGGCUUUUAAGGGAUUAGCAAACUUAAGGGAGCUCAAUUUGUCGCACAACGAUAUUUUCGUCUUUGAAAUUACUGUCAGUCACAUGACAAGAAUUGUCUCAUGGGACCUUUCUUUUAACAACAUUCACUUUAUUCCUAAAUUUAUUAUGGACCACCUGGAUUCGGUAGCAGCCAAUUCCAAUGACACAGUCUACCUCAACCUCACGUUCAAUCCCAUCGCCUGCCUGUGCAUGCACAUCGAUUUUCUCACCUGGAUUCAGCAGUCGGCUCUUAUGUUCUUACACGAGAAUAAUUACUCCUGCCUGACAGCCGAUGGCACCGUCAAGAAAAUGAUCAACAUUACAGAGGAAAUUCAGACACUGCAAAAGACUUGCGGAGAUUUCGUUGGCAUGCUGAUUGGAGCGUUUACAUGUUUCUUCUGCCUGACUCUGGCGCUUGCUUCCGCUGUUCUUUACCGCUUUCGAUGGAAGCUGCGCUACUUGUACUAUGCGUCGCGUCUGGCGCACUCCAGGAAGCGAACUUUAAUCGACAACUCAUUCGAGUUCGACGCCUUCGUCUCCUACUGUUCAGAGGACGACGAGUUCGUGCAUGGCGAGCUCAUGCGGCAGCUGGAGGAAAGGAAGGGGUUGCGGCUGAUCGUGCAUCACCGCGACUUCACGCCAGGCCGACCCAUCCCCUGCAACAUCGUGGCUGCCGUUCAGAACAGUCGCCACACGCUGGUUGUGUUGACGCGACAUCUGCUGCAGUCGGACUGGUGUCAGUACGAGAUGCGGAUGGCCACCAUGGAGUCCGUACACACGGGGCGCGAUGUGCUUGUGUUCCUGCUGUACGAGGACAUCCCCAGCUACCAGAUGCCGCGCCAAGUGCUGUACAACCUUCAGUCUUCUACUUACAUCCAGUUUCCUCACGAGUAUCCGAUGCUUGUUCCUAACUUCUGGAAUAGGCUGGUUAAUGCUCUAAAAGACAAUUAAAGAGGAGUAAGAUGAGACAACAAAGAAAAAGUUUUGUUGUUGACAACGGCAUAAAGAAAAAUAUGCUAGAAUAUUUUUACUUGCGGAUGCUUUGUGCAUUUUUUAACCUACGGCGAUAAUAGUUUUUGUUUCCUAACAGUUAAGUUAUAAACAGAAUUUAUCAUUAGUAUAGUGAGUCCCUCUAAAUCUUUUUACUGCUCUUGCAAGUGUUACUGAGUGUGACAGCCUAGUAUGAAAUGAUAAUGAUUGACAUAGAUUUUAUAUAAUGUACUGUGUUGUCGUUGCUGAGGAUUUUCGUGUCAUUACGCUGAUAAAAGCACAGAGUUUAGUGUCGAUAGCACGCGCGCAAGUGCGAAGAUAAAGUGAACCGUGGUCUAGAUGCCGUAGGGGUAGUGAGUGUUAAAGUCGUUUACCCUGUGGGCACAGCACGGAAAGCGGAACCUAUCCCAGUCCCGCCCUCUUUAUUUCCCCUGCUAAAUCAGGUAUAAAUUCUUGCAAAGCAACUGCUGGGUGGGCAGAUGGAGUGCUCUAGAACAAGUCCGAGCAGGUCUCGAACCAGCGACAGCGAUAUUCUUCUUCGAAAGCAAGCGCACUAUCGACAAGGUUGUGUGCGGGCGUGUAUGUGAAUCUUCCUACAGCUGCUGAAAGAUUGUUAUACUGUAUUAUGUCGUCGACUGCCCGAGAUUCUAAGCACAGAAGCGACCGGCACAGAUGCUGCUAGACAUUUGACGGAGUACCAAAGAUUUUGUUUAUACACUGAAGCGGACGCGAUACUCUAUCAUCUAGACAAUGUAAUACUUGCCACUCAUACGGUUUCUAUAAAGAGAUAAUUACAGAAUCCUCACAUUAACAAUAUCCUUCCUGCGUGUUACUACGGAGUGCGCUGCUCAGACGUUUUUUCCCCCCACAGGGUAUUGGGACCUGACUUGCAUCACCCCCACCCCACUAACCCACCCACCCCGCCCUCUCCAUCCUUUUACCAACACCCUGAUCUUUGUUUCACAGUCCGCGCCAAAGCGUGGACACGCCUGAGGCCUACAACGGGAAGCACGAAAGCAAACAUUAACUAUUGUUUAGAAGGGACGUGGAAAGUCUUCCUGUAUUUCAAGGCAUCCAAGGUACAAUCAUUUCCUUUUUUGUGUGAUCCGUAGAGUGACAGUUUGAGCAGCAAGUGAGUGUAUCGGAAAUUGUGAACGUUGAUAUGGAGAAAUUACGUACUACUGUCAAGUGGUCGGUGGCUGGUCAUUUACGUGUGUAGACACCACAGGAUGACACCUCCCACGUUGUACAACAAUCUGCCAUCACAGAACAUAUGCAGCGCAAUC